AUGAGAGUGGGAGAGAACGAUAGAGUCAAGGAAGCAUCACGUUGGUUGGAUAUACCUGACACCUGGAUCUUGUUCGAAAGCAGUAGUUCGUACUGCAGUGGCUGGUACUGUUACUACACCGAGUACUACGCCCGGAGAGUGUUCGAUAACGAUCCCUUCACCUACUGGGAGCCCCGGCACCAACCACCCGGGUACCAACACUGGUUCAUCCUCGACCUACAGACGAGCUUCACCAUUCAGCGGCUCGCCGUCACCAAUACGGGGGAUCCCGUCCGUGACGUCGUCAACGUCAUUUUGAAAAGUUCUUCGGUAUGGCCCUUUGCUUGGGAGGAGGUCUUUAGUACGGACGCGGUGGUACCCGGUACCACCAACCCACAACAUUUCGAACUCAACUGUGUUGGGCGGUACCUGUAUCUCUUAGUGGACACCCAAACAGGAACAAGGCCAGUUCUUGCAGAAGUGUCAUUCUACGGAAUAGAGAAUACAGGUGACCCUGAGGGUUUGUCCUGCCACACCCUGAACACGGGCUGCGUCAUCAGUGACACCGCUGUACAAUCAGCGCCUCCUGGCGGACAAAGCUGUUAUGUCAUCGCUGACAUUCACGAAGGACUUCGAACUCCAGACAACCCCCUCUCCGUACAUCGCACCGGUAACGUGACGCUCCACGGCGAUCUGCAGUUUGAGUGUGCGGAGGACUAUGAGGUGCGGGUUGCCUGGACAGCGAGAGGCUAUGAUGAGGAAAAUCCAGACCAAACAAUGGACGAGUUUCUGCUCAACACUAUACCCAAGUGGCAAAUAGGUGGUUGGCGUUGUGGAGGAGGCCACAUCUCAGACUACAACAUUCCCGCCAAGUGUGACCCGGACGGGAUCCACCCCUGCUGUUCCGAUGGAGGGUGGUGCGGCAACAGUCCACUCCACUGUGACUGUGCAGCCUGCAUAGACUACAGAGGCCAAGACCUACUUGCUGUAGAAGGCAUCGUCAUACACAGUGGAGUCAACCUCGCCGAAAGAGGAAAGGCGUACUCGAGUGUGUACGAUGCGCCUCCCGACAGAGUGAUCGACGGCGACACUUCCACGGCCUGGGCCUCUGGUUCCUGCAUGCACACCCCCUCUACAGGCUCAGUCGACCCGUGGGUUCAGAUUGAUCUGUGCGGUUCCUUUACCAUCAACAGUGUUGUCAUAUACAACCGAGGCGACGAGCUUCCCGAAAGGGCGAACCCUUUCAACCUUCACAUGGGGGACUCAGCGGACAUCACCCAAAACCCUGUCGUUCAGGCCAACAUGAACUUUGACCCAUCCAGCUUGGAUGUGAUAACCAUUCCCGUUAGCGGGGUUACUGCACGGUAUGUUGGGAUCGUCCUGCCAGGGCCCAGUCGUGUUCUUCACAUCUGCGAGUUCCAGGUCUAUGUGGACGAUUCGUAUAUUCCAUUUGACAACUGUCUGUACACGCUGGGUUGUGAGGUCGCGGGUGCUACCCCCGGAGAGCUGGUGUACGCCGCCCCUUUCCACGCCCGUCCGCCCGGCCUGAUCGCCAACGUCUCCGUAGAAAUCACGGCGGGAGAAAACCCUCCAAUAACUCUUCACACCCUCUUCCAAAUCGCACCGGACAGUACUUUGACAGGCCUAGAUCUGCUCUGUGCUGAAAACUGCAAUCCAACGGAUACGUUAGCAUUUCUGCCCCUGGAGCUGUACACAGAGUCUGACCUGUACGGAACCACGGAAUUUUCUUUGCUGGAAUUUCCCGCGGAUUUUGCUGGUCAGGACUGGACUUCUGGGAUAGAGAGUUCAACAAGUGACCGUCUUCGUGUUCUCGGUGGUACAUUCUGGGUACAAGGGCGCUACACUAUACGGAUAACCGACGUUCAUGUCACCGCAUCAGGGGACUGGUCCAGGACCGCUGAUUAUAGUUUCGAGGUUCUUCCUCCUCCAGAACUUCUGGAGCCAGUCAGCAACCUGACACGUGCCUGUACCCUGCUGCCGGCGGGAGGGGUCUCUCUGAUUGACAGGUUUUGUCUCUCGUGUCCCGCUUUUACCGACAUCCUGGGCCCUGUGGAGGUAAGCAUCAGUUUUGAGCUCAUACCGAUUGGAGUAGAAGUUGCAACAACAACAUUUCCUGGUGACGGACCGCCUACUGACAACAGGAUACUCAUCAGCCUGUCCUCCCUCUGGGUCGGAUACACGCCUUUGGUAGACAUCGCUGCCGGCAUCAUACUACUGAACGUUCGCGUUGCUUCUGUGGACGGGCGCUUUUUGGAGUUUGACCUUGCACCACUUGAAAUAGGGAUACCAACAAUGGCUCAACUGCAAAGCUACCUGGACAACUACUUUGCAUAUCCGGACGGUGACUUUUUCCGAGCGCUUGCUUUAGGAGACACGCAAGCCGCUUUCAAUGUGGCUAUUUUUGCCUCGGCUAUAGUGGGGAGGCUAGCUAACGAAGGGGAAGACACACUAGAGGUUUUUGACAAGUUGAUGGAAGCGCUGUCACAUGUGGAGAUAAAUGAUGAAGUCAGCAUCAACGGCGUGUCCUUGACCAUUUUGCUGGCAUCGGGAGUUCCUGAAAUGGUGUCUGGAGAGUCACAGGUAGUUGCAGCUGGUCUCUUGAAAGCGGCCUUUGAAAAGACGAAGGAACUUGCAGGAAACCUUGAGAAGACGCCUGUUGGAGUUAUCAACAAGCUGUCUGCGUUUAUGUUCUCUGGAUCUGUGAACAUGAUGCUUGCUUCAUCUACCUUGGCUGAAAAGGAACACCUUGAGGAAAAGACGUACUCAACAAAUCUCCUCCUCAGUCAAAAUGCCACCACAACAUGCUUCGAAGGGUUCGACAUCCUUGACGACAUCUAUUUGACCAAGUUGAUGCCAGAGUUUGAAGAUCCAGAAAUAUACGCUGACAUUACCAUGUCCAAGAUGCACCUGAGAAUUAAACGGGAGAAUCGGACGAGGUACUCGGAAAGAGUGUACCUUGUAGGAGGGGACAGCGACUCUCUGGUCAGAACCACUUCCUUCUCGGACCUCCUAGGGAAUUCUUGCUGGGGCAGCCCUGAGGUGGGAAUACAGUUCUUGGAGGCAAAUUUCAACCCAUUCGAGUACUCCAACAACUCCCAUCAGAUCCGCAGUGACGUCACAGGUCUCGGGGUGAAAUGUGGAACCCGAACACAUGACGUCAGCGGUUUGAGUGAACCCAUCGACAUCUUGACCAGGAGGAAGAACGAAAGUCUCGAUGGAUCCAUCUAUGUCUUCGAAACAACGGAGCCCCUCGGCAGCCUUGCGAUAUUCCAGUUCUUCGCCGGAAAGGAGCAAUCAGCCUUGGGCUUCAACAUUGACGUCAACUCUACCCUUUUUCCUCAAGACAUUUCGCUGUUUCUUCGCAAAGACGGUCUGCCAACUCAAGACGUCUUCAAUUGGACAGCCACCCUUCCUCUUCCAGAAGACCAGUUGUUCUCCAUUCCUUGGAUAGACCAAGCUCCUUGGUCAAACGAAACCAACCUCACCUCCAGUGCCUACCAGUGGCUGCUGCCUAGAGAGGAGGUGGACAUCACAGAUUAUGACGUUGGCAACAUGACAGCAUACUUCAUUGGUGUGCAGUUCGGUACAGAUCAGGACCUUGGUGAUGGAGAAGUCGUCAGCUUUACGUUGACUGUACACGAAUCCUCCUGUGUGUACUUUGACGAGGAUAUCCACUUGUGGCAGACGGACGGUUGUGAGGUCGGCCUACUGACUAACAUGACACAUAUCCACUGCCGGUGUGAUCACUUGACCAAGUUUGCCGGGUUUGUUCCGCCGAACCCGCUCAACAUCGCGGAGGCACUGUCCGCAAACGUCCUGGAGAACCCAGCCGGACUAGUUCUGGUUCUGACCGUGUUCGCUUCGUACCUGUUUGGGAUACUGUUAACGAGGAAGGCUGACAGGAGAGACCUACAAAAGGCUGGAGUUGGACUGCUUCCGGGUCACAUUCUGAACCCACGGAAGGAAUGCCAAUACGUCAUCACUGUGUACACCGGCUUCCGGGGGAAUGCUGGGACAACUGCUCAGGUCACAGUAGCCCUCAAUGGGUUUAAGAACGAGAGCGUCCCCUUCAAACUGCGGGACCAACAGCGGGUUCUGUUUGAGAAGGGAAGCGUGGACUCAUUCCUGGUGUCUACAGAAGAGCCCAUUGGGGAGCUCACCCAUUUGCGCGUGUGGCACAACAACGGUGGCUACAGUCCGGGAUGGUUGGCUAAUACUAUAAUUGUUUUCUUCUCUUAA